CGUGUGCCUGUGUCGUUUCUUGGUAUACGAUUCAUGCAAUAGUGCAAUUGAAACGCAAUUGAAUCGUAGUUGUGAAAAAGUAUUAUACGAGAUAGCUCCAUCGAAGGAGAUCCAACGACCCUAAAUUUAGUGGUUAAGACGUGUUUGCGUUGCGUGAAAAGAUCGUCUCGUUGAUUCGAUAGAAUAUAAGAGAAGGCGGAGCCUGGCAAAAUUUCCUGGCACGAUCGACGACAAAGGAGGCAAAAUUUCGACGAUUCACGGUCUAUGAGCGCCAAGGGCCAAGGGGACCCUGGAGAAGAUCACGCUUCCAGGGUAGGAGCGGAAAGCCCUUGCAGCGAUAUGAAGCGUGCAGCUGCCAAGAAGCUUAUUGAAAGGUACUUUUAUCAACUUACCGAAGGAUGUGGUAAUCCUCAAUGUAAUAACCAAAACUGCGCAUCCAGUGGGAAAAUUACAAAUCUUACGCCAAAUCAAGCUGCGGCUCAAGCAAUUCAAUUGUUCUCUCAAGAAGCUCGGCUAUGCGAUGGCACUCAACCGAGUAAAGUUGCUAGAACUACUUUAGAGCCGGGUCCUGCAUCUUUGGCUAAGAGUCUACCUGUAAAAAAUGUAAAUCCUACUUGCUCGGAUGAAGGGAAAUCUGAACCAUAUCUAACCGAAGCCAAACUUCUGGAUAUAAUAAAUAAAUGUAAAUCAGAAGGAAUAUAUUCGUUAUUGAUUCAUACUUUGGGAGAAGUAUUUUCUUCUAGAGAAGCAUUAAGCCGAAGUUUCCAAAAGACUGAAAAAAAUGACUCUCCCUUGGCUGCACUUCUUGACAGAGCACCUGAUAAUCUUUUAAGGCCACCUGCAGAUUUGAACAAGGAAGCAGUUCGUUCGUUACAAGGUGAAGAUAAAGAAGAAGAUAGUAGCGAUCCAUCUCCGACAGUUCCUCCUAACGAUGACGAUACUAGCGUUGAUUUACUUGCCGUUAGAAGAGCAUUUAAGGCAUUAUGGACACUUCCAGGGGAAGCAUUUGAAUCAGCACUUGUAAAUGCACUAGUCACUUUAGCGGAUACCAUAGAGUUACAUUUAAGAGUAUUUGGCAAAACACCUUCCCAUAGCAUGGACAGUCUCUUAAAUGUAUUCUUAAUAGUAUUUGAAAUUCCGAUGUUGGGAAAUAGUGAAUAUCUUGAACUUGCGCUUCAUAUGCUUUGUAAAGCUGUCAGCUGUUUCCCAACGUUAGCUCAAGCAAAAUUAGCUCGUGUAUGGGCCAGACAUUGUAAGCCUACAUUGCCUAGCCUUUUACAAGCUCUUCAAGAAUUAAUUACGGUGAAGGUAAUAAGUGGAUCAUUUUCACGCGAUUACUGCGUUCAGGAUGCAGAUACUAUCACUGCUCCUACGAAAGUAAUGAGGAUUCUCUAUUACGCUAGCAUGUUAGCCGGAGAAUUAGAUAGCAGUGAGUUAGCCUUGAACGAAGAUGGGGAUACAACAAAAAUUGACAAAUCUGGCCCGUGCAAAAUGACGUCACAAAUCCCACAGGAUCCAUUAGCCAAAGAAUUAGGAAUUUCUGCAUUGGAUGCUCGCAAACCAUUCAUAUCUUUCACCGAUUUUUAUAACGAACCACUGAGCGAUGCUAUCGAAAUGGAUAAAGAUUUCGCUUAUUACAAGAGUGAAGAACCUCAGAAAUUUAGUUUUAUGAAUUAUGCUUUUAUCCUUACACCAGCCACAAAAACUUUGGGCCUAUAUUACGACAAUCGUAUAAGAAUGUAUAAUGAGAGAAGAAUGAGUUUCUUACAAACUGUCGUAGGACAACCUACCAAUCCAUAUCUUAGAUUAAAAGUACGUAGAGAUCAUUUGAUAGAUGAUGCUUUGGUCGAAUUGGAAAUGGUAGCAAUGGAGAACCCGUCGGAUCUUAAAAAACAGUUGGUUGUCGAGUUUGAGGGUGAACAAGGUGUUGAUGAAGGUGGUGUAUCUAAAGAAUUCUUUCAAUUAGUUGUAGAGGAAAUCUUCAAUCCUGAUUAUGGCAUGUUUACAACUCAGGAAGACACACAAUUAACGUGGUUCAAUCCAACAUCGUUUGAAAGCGAUGCACAAUUUACACUGAUAGGAGUUGUUCUUGGAUUAGCAAUUUAUAACAACGUGAUAUUAGACGUACGUUUCCCAAUGGUAGUUUAUCGGAAACUACUGGGUAGAAAAGGAGGAUUUGCCGAUUUAGAAGACUGGAGUCCUACUUUAUAUAGAACAUUGACAGAAUUAAUGGCAUAUACCGAAGAUGAUAUGUCGGAUACAUUUAUGCAAACCUUCCGUGUUGGUUACAAAGAUGUAUUUGGUUCAAUAUCGUUCCAUGAUCUUCGCGAGAAUGGUGAUGAAACAUAUGUUACGCAAGAAAAUAAAAAAGAAUUUGUAGACCUUUAUGCAGAUUUUUUGCUAAAUAGAUCAGUGGAGAGACAAUUCAAAGCAUUCAGACGUGGUUUUCAAAUGGUCACGGAUGAAAGUCCACUUGCCCUACUUUUCAGACCAGAAGAAAUAGAACAACUCGUUUGCGGUAGUAAGAUAUUUGACUUCGCGGAAUUGGAAGCAGCGACGGAAUAUGAGGGUGGUUAUACCGUUGACAGCGAAGCAGUACGUAAUUUUUGGCGGGUAGCUCAUUCAUUACCGCCAGAAAGUCAAAGAAGGCUACUUCAGUUUACUACAGGUAGUGAUCGAGUGCCAGUUGGAGGGCUUUCCAGGCUUAAGAUGGUCAUUGCUAGACAUGGUCCAGAUUCAGACAGAUUGCCCAUUGCCCAUACAUGUUUCAACGUAUUGCUUCUACCAGACUACAGCACGAUUGAAAAGUUACAAGAUCGUUUAUUAAAAGCGAUCAACUAUUCGAAGGGUUUUGGCAUGUUGUGAAUGUGUACCAAAGCUUCCACAAUUUAUCUACGCUAUAUCAAAGUGAUGAAUUUGUUAAACACAUCAGGAUAUAUCCAAAAUCUUUCUAUCUUUAAAACCGAUCACAUUACACAUGGACAUAUUUAUUAUGUAAUUAUGUUCGAAAGAUGCGCGCGUGUGUGUGUAUGUGUGCAUGCGUGUGUGUGUGUGUGCGCGCGCGCGUGUGUGUGUCUGUGCGCGCGCGUGUAAUCGCGAGUGUUGUUUCUGUCAACAAGAACAACAAUAAAUCGUCCGAAUAACAACGCGCUUCGAGCACCUCUCAGAAUCCAUUGUUAUCGAUUCUCCUUUCCAGGAUUCUUCGCUUAGAGAGAACACACAUGCACAUAAAACACAAACCAAUGAACUCUUCUCGAUAGUGAUAGGGUAUAAUUGGAAAUUGUUACGUGAUGAUGCUUUUCAGAUUUCAUUGGCACCAUAUUAGAGUACUAUGUGCUUUGGCAAAAUAAUUAUAGCUGAUUUAUAGAUUAUCAAAUUAUCAUUUCUCGUAUCCUCUUAAAAAAAAAAAGGAGGAGGAAGAGGAGGAGGAGGGGAAGAAAGAAGAAGAAACGAAUUGAAAGGAAAAAGUACUAUUCUUUCCCAUUAUCCUGGAGGUAAAAGCGAUGACGUUCGAUUCUCUAAGGCUUGAAUUUGUACGAAAGCAGCGAAUAUUAUAUACAGCUUUUUCUUGCUAGCCAAGUCGAAGAUCUUAAGUUAACAGUGAAACGCUCAAAAGAGACAGAUAUAGUGAAAAGCGACUGUGAUUGUGUGUGUGUGU